AUGGAGCCCCGCAAAACGCCCCCGGAGUACUUUCUGGAGAUCUUCGCAGAUACAACCAACGUCCGCGACGUGUUAAAAGGUAUCCUCAACACCAUCUUCUUCCACCGAUACUUCCCCUCCAUCCGCCCCAUCACCUUCGACGUCCUCGACUUCACCCUCCCCGCUAUCAACGACGUAGACCUCGAAACCCUCAUCGACUCUCGCGUGAGUUCCCUCGUCCGCCAGCACUCCUCAGCAGCCAGCGCCCCCGAUGGCGGCGGUGGCGGGGGUGUCCGGGCCCGAAUGGCCGUGGAAUUCUACGAAAAGCGACGCCGACGACCGGGAAUCUGGUUUGGCGGACUAUCAGGGAAGGGCGAGGAAGAAGUAUGCUGGGAAGUUUGGAAUUUGGAUGUGACGAUAGCCACUCCUCGAACAGAGUCUGAACGCGCCAAAGUGCGCAAAGCCAUGGAGAAUAUGCUACAGAAAGCCGUCCUGAAGAUUCUAGCCGUGGUUAGCCGCGAUAAGGAGCACAUUCCCCCGAUUACUACGAGUGAUUCGAAUCCGUUUCCUUAUCGCGUGGUUCUGAACCCCAGAUCGGAUGGUUGGCAGAAUCGCUUCGGGUUAUACUGAUGCAGGCUAACCCUCCUACCCCUACCCCCCUCUACUACUUCUUUCCUCCCAAUCACACACACACACACACA